AUGGUGCACAAUGAUCAAGCCAAGGAACACAUUGAAGAAAUAAGACAGAACCUGUUUGUAUCAAAUAAAUCCCAAAGGGACAGACAAGACAGAUCAAUAGGAAUAUUAUCAAAUGAACUUUAUUCAUCUUUUGGACGUGUAUUACUGGAACUUCUUCAGAAUGCUGAUGAUUCCAACUUCGAUAUGGAUAAAGUGGAUGAGAAUACUCCUCAAGUUUAUAUCUUGUUAAGAUGGGACUGCUUGGUAUUUCAUGUUAAUGAGAAGGGAAUGACACGUGAAAAUAUAGAAUCGGUUUGUGAUAUUGGUAAUUCAUCAAAAAAAAAUACACAAUCAAGGUAUUUUACUGGAGAAAAAGGUAUUGGAUAUAGGUCAUUAUUUAAGAUAACUGACAAUCCAGGUAUAUAUAGUGGUGGUUAUUCAAUUAAAUUUUCUAGCAAGCCAGAUAAAGAAAUUGAGUUGAGCUAUAUUGUUCCAAAAUGGGAAGAGCCAUCAGAUUUUCCAGAGGUAGUUAGAACAAUUCAUUCAAACAUUAGUUUAUACGGCACUCCUUGGAAGACGGAUAAUAUAGGAUUUGAAUUUGGGGAUAAGUUUGAAAAGAAUUCAAACAAUUUGGGAACACUGCACUAUCUUCCAUUUGGGAAGAACAUGAAACAAAAAUUCUCAUCCAUUUUAUCAGCAAUCCACGAUACUUUUGUACAUGACAUUCUUCUCUUUUUGAGGAAUAUUAAAUCAAUAGUGAUAGAUGUAGAGCCUAGAAAAGGCUCAGAAUUUUGCUCCAAUAAAAAUAAUACAACGUUUCCGUUAUUAAGAAGAAGACUAACUUCAAUUGAGUUGGUUUCAGUUCCUGAUGUUUCUAAAAUGCUGGGUGAAACUUUUAGCCUGGAUAAAUUUAAAGAUGACAUUUUUUCUUCAAUUAAGAGUUUCAAGUUUGUAAGAAUUGAGGUAUCUCAGUUUGAUGACGAUGAUUUAGAUUUUAAUAAAGAAAAACUUUUAAGAGAAAGUUUGAUUUCUUCUAAAUACCUUAUUGUAGACUGGGAAAUCCCAAUUUCAGAUGAACAAAAGCUUGAGAAUGCCACUCUCAGAGAUAGAGUUACAAGAUCUUCAACUAUAUGGUCAAUUGCUCUUCCUCUAUUUCAUUCUAAUUCAAAGCUUGAAAUAAAUAAAGAUGAGCGGAUAAUAAGCUCAUCGUCAUUCUCUUUGGGAUCUUCAACUUUUGGAAAGCACAAAAGACUCGCGGGAAAGUUGUUUUGUACAUUCCCUUUGAGUAAUAGAAUCCACCUUCCUUUUCAUGUUAAUAUUCAAGACUUGAUUUUGACUGCAAAUAGAGAGGAUAUAAUUGCUGAUAAUGUCUGGAAUUCUACCAUUUUAGAUGUAAUUUUCAGAAGACAGAUCCCACAAUUUGUUGCUAACAUGAUUAAUCCAGUAUUGUCAUCCUCAACAAAAAUUUGUCUAAUUAACCAAAGAUAUUCACUAUUUAUGGAUAAUUUACUCACUGCUAAGUCUUUGCCAUUGCUAACUAUGCAGGAGUCAAGCUUUAGCGAUAACUUGAAGCAUUUCAUUUUAAAAACCUCAGAACUGAUUAAAGUAAGUUGGAUUCCACCAAGACUAGAUGAACAAAAUCAAACUCAAAGCUGUUCAUUAUCUUCAAUCUGCGCUAACGAACUGGUUAAGGAGCCCAUAUUUAUAAAAAUUGACGGUUCAUUUUGCCAUCUUGAUAAAUUGUCUAUUAAUAUUCAACUCAGCGACCUUUGUUCAAAAAAAAAUACAAAUAAUGAAAAAUUGUGUAUUUUUUGUAAUCUGCAUUGGAAUUUUCUCUACAUGUUGAAUGUCCACAUGGGACCGGUAUUGCACCCCACGUUCUUGGGCGGGAACAUUUGCAUGCAUUAUGUUUGCAUGAGGCCUUUGCAAAUGUUGCAGGUUUUAGUAGUACAGAUAAUAUCAUCAUAUAGUGUAAAGAAUGUUAAUAUAUUCGAGUUUUUUUCAAAAUUGAACCCUUUGGAUUUUUUGAAGAGUAUUUCUGACGAAGCAUUACUAAUAUUGUAUAGUUAUUUAUUUUUUCAAAAAGGAGAUGCAGAUAUUUUUGAAGGAAAUGAGAAAUUUUUAAGUUUACCAAUAAUACCUACAAGAGGAAAUGGACGAAUUCCUAUGGAAAAGAUGAAUAUGAUGAGAAUUUAUAUCUCAGAUGAAUCGUUUGACAAUUAUUUUCGAGAGCAUGAAUUACAAAAGUACUCAGCAAUAAUAGGAAAAGUAUGCCCAUUUGAGUUUUUUAGUGAUACAGUCUAUAGAUUAGCUCCAGUAAAAAUAAGGAAUUUAUUUGUGGAAGCUUUUAAGAUUGAGAAAUUAACUCCAUCCGCUUUUUUCAAAUUGAUUGCCGAACAAAUUGAUGUAUUAUUGGAGAAAGGAUGGGAAAAUGCAAUUAACAUUGACAUACACAAAUUGCUACUCAAAAUAACGCCUCUUGCAAUAGAGGAGGCAAGUAUCCUGGGAAGUGAUAAUAGGUUCCUAAUUAGGCUUCCUAUUGUAGUUCAGACUUAUUCUCCUUCAUUUUUAAAGGCUUUGCUGUACAAUAAGGAUCUUCCAAAAAGCUAUGCAAGUGAAGAAGAGCUGUUAAACAAGAACAAAUUGGCCAGGUGUUCUAAUAUUAUUACGUCUAAUUGGAAAUGUAGCAGGUGCAAGAAGGUGCCCAACAAAGAGGAAGAUAUGGUACAUCCUACUUCUGUAGCAUUGAGGAUGUCUCAGGUAAGCAAGUCAUUGACUGCAUUAAUACUACUUCAUUCUAACUGGGAGAGAUCCAAUAAGUUUCGUUCAAAGCCGAAUUUAAAUACGGCUGAAGUUAAGGCUGCAAAUAACAGUAAAAAUAAUGUACAAGAUAAAGCAUUAAUUGGUGGUUCAGAAAAAUCAUUUGAAUACAAGGGCUUAACAAUAGUUCCUCCCUUAUGGCCUCCUUUAGUUGAAUGGGUGUUUCCAAAAGUAUCUGACAGGUUUCAUUUUGUAGAGAUUUCUUCUGAUUAUAUUGUUCAUGAUCCGGGUAAUUCAAGUGAGAAUGAUAAAGGGUUGGCAUUCAGGUUGUUUAUCAAUAAAUUCAUUAACCUGCUUGAACAAUGGUAUGUUGGAUGUAACUUUGAUAGAUUACCUCCGAAAACAGAUGCAUCUCCAUUAAGUUGGAUGGUUAAUAAAAAUACCUACCCAAUAAGCCAAUCACAUUGUUUCUAUUGUAAGCAUUUGAUUUAUUUAAUGAGAGCCGGAGCAGUCAUCCAAAUAGCUAAUGAGUAUUCAAGACGUUCCUAUAGUUCAUCUUUUUUAAAUAAAAUCUUGUCAAGUUACCCAUGGAUACCAGUUUCACUGAAUAAUGACAAGUAUUUUAGUUAUUAUAUGAGUCAGGUAAAUAAGGAACAGAUAGAAAACUGUGAUAUGGCAGAUUUUAAUGAAGAUUUGUUAUUAAGCAGGCCAAAUGAGUUGUUUAUUCCCAAGAUUAAUAAGAACUUAGACGGAAUUAUAAAGCAUAUAUCUCAGGUUGUAUUAAAUUUAUUGCCAGUAACUUUAAGAAAUGGAUAUAAGAAUCAAAAAUCACGUGAAAACAAUGAAUAUUACUCCGCUCAUUAUACAUUAAAUAGAACCGAGGAAGAUAUUGGUAAAGAGUCAAAAUUAAUAUCAGAGACUUUGGAAGAAAUUGGUGUCACUACUCAGAUUUCCUCUAUAUCUCUAAUCAAGAUUUUGCGAGAUUAUAAGAGAGUAAUGGGUUUUAGGGACGGAGAAAAAGUUCAAAAAAACAUUCAAGUUAUGUUAAGACCUUCUUAUGGACCUGAUUUAAGGCAUAUAGUAGAAUUAGCAAUUUUUGGAUUUGGAAUAACUCAAGAAAACUUGUUUAAUUCAGAUUGGUGGCCUUCUUUGGUAGAUGAAUGGUCGAAUUUUGAUGAUAAUUCUCAGGAAAAAAAUCAUCAAAGCCCUUCUGAUAUUGAGAUAAUCUCUGACAUUUACUAUAUGUUAGGCCACCAGACAGAUUUUGAUAUUUCAAUGGAUAUUAAAAAGGUAUUUUACAAUGAAAGUUUGCUCUAUAUACCCUUGAUGAAGAGUACAUUAUAUAAUUGGGUACCAGUUGAUUACAAUAAUAUGGUUUGGUCAGAUCCAUAUGAUUUCUUUCAUGGAACUUUUAUUGUUUUAAGCAAGUUUAUUAAUAAAAGUAGACUCAAAAAUUUAAGACCGUUUUUUUUAUCUUUGGUUUCUGAGCAGCCAGUACAUCACCAUUAUGCUAAUUUAUGGUUAAGAGAGUGCCCUAAUUUACUUAAAGAUGAAUCUAGAGAGGGAAAAAUUAAGUUUGAAUCAUUCAUUAAUAUUUCGAUCAGUAAAUUCUUGCCAGUGUUUCAAAAAAUGAACCAAUCUAGAAAAAAUUCAUGGUGGAAUGAGUUUUUGAAAAAUGCAAGGGUACCAAUUAAAGGAAUGCACAAAUUUCUUAAGCGUGAGGAUUGCUGUGUGGAAGAUUUUCCCAUUGGAAAUUUGAGAAGUGAUAGUUUUCAAAUUCCAGUAGCAAUUUCAUAUUCCCCAAGCUCUCAAUUUUUCUAUAAGGACGUUUUAAAACUAAAGACACUUUCAGAAUGUUACAGAGCGACAUAUAAAGUUAAUUGUAAGCACAAUACAACAGAUUUCUUAAGAUUUGUAAACAAAGGAACAAAUAAAAUUUGGUUAAACUUAGAAUUCUGGGGGGUUUUGAUGCUCUUGUUUAAACACAAUUCUUUGGACAUUUAUUUGUCAAUUAUGAGAAUAUUAGAAGAGAAAAAGAUCUACGAUAAUCAACAGCAUUCACCAGAUAAUAAUUCAAACCACUCAGUUACCAAUUGUGAGUUUUGUGUAUCGGAGAAUGAAAUAUUUAACCAGAUUUCUAAUUCUUAUGACUGUAAACCACUUUCAGUCUCUGAAAAGUUCUCAAAUAUAACAGAAGGAGUUGCUUAUACUAUAGCUAAUUGGCUUAUUUCAUUUGUAAAUACUUAUGAAGUUGAAGUGGACGAUAUUGAACUCAACUUUGAUCUUAAUCUUAGAGAUCUUAACUUACCAAAAAACAGCAGAAAAAAAAUUGGAGUAUUAUAUAGACAGAUCCCCAAUAAAAAUUCAGCUUCUAUAUUGUUUGUAAAUAAAAGUAUGGACAAAACUAACCAGCUUAAAGAUUUAUAUACUUUACUGUUAGAUCCAUUAAAGGAUUUGACAAAUCUUAACAAUAUAAUUAAUAUAGACUUGUAUGAACUUUUGAUUCUUUCUAGCUCACAAAGACUUUUACUACUUUCAAAACAUAUUCAAACUGUAGAUGAUAUGAGCAAUAGGAAAGGAGAAUGUUUCACAAUGGAGAAUGUGGUUAAAGAAGGUUUGGAGCUACUGAAAAAGUGUUGUAGAGAUGAAUGCUUGUCGAGAAAAAACACAAAUAAUAGUCAAAAUUCAUUAUAUAUUGAAGCAAAUAAUUUAUUAAGUGAAUUAUCUAAUACAAGAGGUAAACAUAAGGCUGAACAUUUUACAUGUAUUAAAGGUAAUAAUAAUACUGUUAAUAAAGAGGAAAUGAGCGAAAAUAAAAAUGAAACAGAUUGCAAUUUAGACUCAAUUAUAAAAGAAUAUAUAAAGCAAAAUCCUCUCUCAUUAGCAAGUAUAACAGAAGAAAGGAUGAAUAUAGAAAAAAUCACAAAAGUGGUGGGAUUUUGGGGUGAGAAAGUUUCUUUUGAUGUAAUAAUCCCAAAUGCAAUUUCACGUAAGCUGGCUUUGAAAUCUAUUGACCAUAGCUUAAUCGAAGAUUAUUUAUCCAGAAAUUUUGUGAGUAGUUAUUUUGAAAACGAUGUAAUAGAUAUGGAAGAUUACAAGAAUUGGACAGGAAUUGAGGACAUGAAAAUUGAGGAUAAGAAUGCAUUGCAAGAUCAUCGGAGGGACUCAUUUAUAAAAUGUAAGAUCAAGUGUUUCAAAGAGUCAGAAACAACAACUAUUAAACUAAUUUGGGUGAAUUCUCUAAGUGAGAGUUUUCUUCCUUAUGAUUUUAUUUUGUUAAGAGAACACAAUUCUGGAGAAGAUUUAUCAAUUCCUCAAAAUCACAAACAACAAGUUCUGGCUUUAAUAGAAGUAAAAACAACAAAACUACCAAUUUGGCAGUUUAAUAUAUCUGGGAAUGAACUUUCAUCCGCCAGGAGUGCUGGAAACAAAUUCAAAUUAUUAUUAAUUAAGGAUGCAGGAUCAAGUGAGUCACAAUGGACUCUAAUUGACAAUCCUGAAAAGUUUAUUCAAGAAAGUUGCAAUUUAAUUAGUGGAGUUUUCGAGGCAAAUUUUAAUGAUGAAUGUGAUUUUAAUUCAAAUACUUCAGGUGUAUUGGACAAUAUGUAUUAA